AUGCAAGAGAACAAGACAUCAGAAGAACUCAAGAAGAGACAUAUUCCUCUGGAUUUCAUCCUAAGUAUAAUCAACUUUUUCGUUGCUGCUGUACAGCUGGGGUAUGGAAAGUUUAAAGGGGACCAAAGUAAGGAUAGCGGGUUUAGCAAGUAUUCUAAAUUUAUAACUGCUAUAGUUCUUCUGAUUCCCAUAUUCAAGAUCUUUUACCAGCUGAGUAGAUUCAGAAGAGAGUGUGGAGUCAAGAAGAUGAAUCGAAUUAAGAUUCUUUGUAUGGUUGCGUAUUUGCUGGUCCUUUCUGCAGCAAUUGUAUUGCUUUUUAAAGAUUCACCCAGUUUCUCCCUGGAAACCCAAGGUAUGAUGGUAGCUCAAGCAUCACUUUUGGGAAUGGUCAUUUCGUCCUUGCUGAUAAAUUACAAGAAUCUCCAAAAAGGAAACUACAUAGACUACUUCAUCAUAUUGGCUUCUCUUGCCUUUGCAGCCAGGCUCGUAGCUCUCUUUCCUCCUUUCAAAGUCUAUGGUAUAGUGGUGGCAAUAUCCGAAUGGGCCUCCAUAGCUAUUGCACUUGUUCUCCCUGUCCUCCAAAGCCUCCUCUAUCCCGAAAUCAUCUCCUUACCGAUCUCUUCAGAGGACUUUGCUAUGCUAAAUGCCUUGAAUGCAGCUAUUCUUAUUCUUGGAGCAGGGAUAGUAGCAUCUCCUUACAUCCAGAAUUGGUACUCCAAAUUUAGAAAGGAUGGAAAUGGCACUCAAAAAAUACCAGCAAAGUAG